AUGGAGACAGUGGAGAUUCCAGCCUGGGACAGCAAACCCUCCUUCAGUGACAAGAAGUCACAGAUGUCAUUUGGUGGGAUUAUCGCUCUAUUCCAUCCUCCGCUGAUUUCUGUGAUUUUUCUCAAUGAAAGAAAUAGGAUUUUGGAAGUUAUAUGCAGUCAAAAGCAAGAUAUUCCAGUGGGAAUACACUACAGGGGCUACACCUUAGUAGCCAGGAAUCUUUGCUUUAUUGCUAUAAUAAUGGAUGAUGCGGGAAUCUGCUGUCACUUGAUAUUUGAAGUUAAGACUGCCAACUUGAAAACGACAACAAUAAAACAGAAAAACAAAAAAGAGGAGGUGAUUUGGGAUACAGACAAUAACAGACUCAGAGAUAUAAAAGAGCAGCAAAUCUGGAUGAUACUUCACAGUAGUAGCACUUUGAACCAGAAGGUCAAAGAGCUUCCUGAAUUAGCAGUGGUCACUGCUGGUCUAGAUAUCAGCUUAUUUGUUGUUCGGAUUUACCUGAAGUUUGCUGUUUGCCUGGCUGUUUUAGGAACUGUAUUCAAAGGAUUAUUGGAAAAGGUUCAUAUCAUUCAAUCACUUCUAAAAGACCAAAAUCUGAAGCACAUGCAGUUUCACAGGGUGCCUGGAAUGAUUACAGCAGAUAGCUCACUGCAGCAGCAGAGUUGUACGGGCAUUCUGGAGAUCCUUUGGGAUAAACAACACCAAAGAAGAGCUGUCUAGCAAGCGGACCCCACUGACUUGUUCUAUACAUGCUUGCUCAUCUAACACACCCAAAUGGGGUCACAAAGGGGAGAGU